GCGCUCCCUUUUCUCCACAGUGUGAGAACCGGGUUGGUGACGUGCGCGAAGCCGACUCCCCGUGCGCGUUCCCAAGACCAAAGGCGAAUGCGGUAUUGAAAACAAGGAUCGGAGGAGAGAGAGAGAGAGAGAGAGACAAGGAGAUAGACUGAGAAACCUGGGACUGUCGUUUGAUAUUUAAUAUUGUAAUAACUGAGGAGCUUUGUAUGCGUGCCACGCCAGGCUGAGGAUUCGGGAGGUAUUUGUUAAAGAUGAAAUGAACAGGAGUUGUUGAAUGACUGCAGCCUGUCUACAAAUCUGCUCCUGGUGACUGGUUUGUGGAUAAGCCUUUUUUUUUUUUUUUUUUUUUUUUUUUUUAUAUUAUUAUUAUUAUUAUUGAGCCACUGAGUGGCAGAUCUCCCUGCAAUUGAGAUUUCCAUCCUCCUAAGGAGACAGCAGCCACGGUACAUCCUUGAUUUGACAAAGGAGGAGCGAUGGUGCUGUCACAAAGACAACGAGAUGAACUCAAUCGAGCGAUAGCAGAUUACCUUCGCUCCAAUGGAUAUGAAGAAGCAUAUUCAGUUUUUAAAAAGGAAGCAGAAUUAGAUAUGAAUGAAGAAUUAGACAAGAAGUAUGCAGGUCUUUUGGAAAAGAAAUGGACUUCUGUAAUCAGAUUACAAAAAAAGGUUAUGGAGCUGGAAUCGAAAUUAAAUGAAGCAAAAGAGGAAAUCACUUCAGUAGGGCCACUUGGACAAAAGCGUGAUCCUAAAGAGUGGAUACCACGCCCCCCUGAGAAAUAUGCCCUGAGUGGCCACAGAAGUCCAGUAACCAGGGUUAUUUUCCAUCCUGUUUUCAGUGUUAUGGUUUCUGCUUCAGAAGAUGCUACAAUUAAGGUAUGGGAUUAUGAGACGGGAGACUUUGAGAGGACUCUGAAGGGCCACACAGACUCUGUACAAGACAUUUCCUUUGACCAGACUGGCAAGUUGUUGGCAUCCUGUUCUGCUGAUAUGACCAUCAAGCUUUGGGAUUUCCAGGGCUUUGAGUGCAUUAGAACGAUGCAUGGCCACGACCACAAUGUUUCAUCUGUAGCAAUUAUGCCCAAUGGAGAUCAUAUAGUGUCUGCAUCCAGGGAUAAAACUAUUAAAAUGUGGGAGGUUGCUACUGGGUACUGUGUGAAGACCUUCACUGGCCACAGAGAAUGGGUCCGUAUGGUGCGACCCAACCAGGAUGGCACACUGAUAGCCAGCAGCUCUAAUGAUCAGACGGUUAGAGUGUGGGUAGUUGCGACAAAAGAGUGUAAAGCAGAGCUUCGAGAACACGAGCAUGUUGUUGAGUGCAUCUCUUGGGCCCCUGAGAAUUCCUACUCCAAUAUACUUGACGCUACAGGUUCAGAGAGCAAGAAGAGUGGCAAGCCCGGCCCUUUCCUCCUGUCAGGUUCCAGAGAUAAGACCAUCAAGAUGUGGGAUGUUAGCAUCGGCGUGUGCCUUAUGACACUGGUGGGUCAUGAUAACUGGGUGCGAGGAGUAAUGGUGCAUCCUGGAGGCAAGUUUAUUGUGAGCUGUGCAGAUGAUAAGACUUUGCGGAUCUGGGAUUACAAGAACAAGCGGUGCAUGAAGACUCUUAGUGCCCAUGAACAUUUUGUAACCUCUCUUGAUUUCCAUAAGACAGCUCCUUAUGUCGUAACUGGAAGUGUAGAUCAAACAGUAAAAGUGUGGGAGUGUCGCUGAUGAGAGCAACAGGCCUUGUCCCUACACCCCUCCCUGCCACACCCCAUCCCACCAUCCUGCUCCUCUGGAUGCACUCAGAUACCAUCAAGCUCUGUUUAAAUAACUAUUGUCCUUUUAUGUAAAUUAUUCUGGAUGUAGAUUGAGCUAUUAAAUGUUACACAAAAAGUAUUCUUGCAUGGUGAAUCCAAAAUUGUAUACUGUAAAUUUACAUAACGUUGUCUAGAAGUACCAUAGUUUUAAGAACUUGGGCUGGCGUCACAUCAGCCCUAAAGGAGGCAGAAGUUGGGUAACUUAAGACAGAAACCUGUAGGGCACUAAACUGAUAAUUUAAUGACAGUGUCGUUCUUACGUGUCAGAUUACUCUGUCUUUCUUUUAAUUUUUUCCACUGUCGUAGUCUGCUGGUGCCUAGAUCGGUGACCUCGUUGAGAAAAAAAAAAAAAAACAAAAAAAAAAAUAUCCUAUAAUCCCGCCGUGGAACUUUGAUUGUCUGUUGGGCUCGUUUUUUGGAAUAAUGUGUAGCUCUGUAACAUCACUUCUGAAGUGUGCUUACCAUUCUCUUCUUGUGAAACUAGAUAAUAUAUUAAUGACUGCAUCUAAGAAUGUGUUGCAAACUGUUCUGUUCUAAACCUGCGGGGUCAACCUUUGAACUCUUGUCAUGUUGCAUGGAUGCUGUGGUGAGGGGCUGGGUGGGGAUGGCAGCAAGCGAGAAUGUAACUUCUCUUAAUCUGGCCAAAAGUAAACUUACAGCCGAAUGAGAGCUGUCAGAUCGGGCUGUGAAAGUGCGGCUUGUUUAUGUCAGUGUGUUGCACUCAUUUGGUUCUUUCUAUCCAGCCAGCUUUGGGUGGGAGGGAUAUAUAUAUAUAUAUAUAUAUAUAUAUAUAUAUAUAUAUAUAUAUAUAUAUAUAUAUAUAUAUAAAAUAUAAAAAUCUGGAGUACAGGCUGGCUUGCUGCCUGACAAGGGUUCCAAGUGCCCCUUUAACAGCUAUUUGUCAGGGGAUGUGCAACAUUCUCCCCAUGGAGAAUCGAGAUUUAUCUGCAUUAAAGUGCACUUGUUCCUGCAGUUAAUGCCUAUGGAUAUGUGGAAGUAUGUCAUGUUGGUGGAGAGCAGCUCUAUAGUUGUGAGCAUGCGAUCCGCGUCUUUCAGGGGCCCACUCAGACUCGGUCUAAUAACUAUCUUUAACGACUGGCACUUUUUUUCCUUUUAAUUUUUUUUCCCAUUUUCAUUCAUUGGUCUUUUUCCAAGGGAAAAAAAAUGGCAAAAAUAAGCCUCAGAGAGCCACUGGGGCAGUAGUUGAAUCCAAGCUUCAUUCCCCCUCAGACAUGCACAAGCUGUCAAGUAGGCAGCGCUGGUAAUUACAUCCCAAAAAACUUGCACACCCCUGUCCUUUUGAUCUCUGGUCUUACCUGACUGAAGAUUUAAAUGAAAAAUGCAUACGCAGAUUAUCAUUUUAAUUAGCCUUUUCAUGAAAUGCAAUUAUAUAAUAAAGAAUUCCACUGCUUAACCAA